CCCGAUUCCGGACCAAUCAAAAUGUAGGAAAAGCGCAAAUUGACGUGGUGAGACUUUCAGAAGAGGAACGAUGAAGCAGGCAAAGUCAGUCGUCUUGGAAGCCAAGUUGACAUUAACUAUGAAAUCUCUGCGCGCGCCAAAUCGCUAUUCACACCAGAAUUUUCUUGCACGUUACUCAAUAAUAAUCCAUCCAUAUUACGGAGUAAAAAAAGACGAAUUCGUUUCAAUUGUAAAUCCAAUCGCAGAGUUUCAACUUUAAACGGAAGAGCAGAGGUGUUAUGGCUACGCCGUCGAUGUUUACCGGCGAGAGAGCCGUGCUGGUGAUCUUCGUGGCUCGGAUCAUCUAUUUGGCCCCGCUUUCUAUCCUCUACGAAUCUAUCUCUCUUGCUAUCCUCUCUAUCCUCGCCAUCUCUGUCGAGAUAUCUGCCGACAACCACUCCAGUCUUCUAUCCCAAUUAUUCAAAACCAGAGCUGGAAUAUCUUCAAGUACAGUACUGGGUCACCUCUGCUAUUUGCUUCAGUGUGCUUGUUUUCCUCUUUCUUGUCCUUUUCCGUCAACCAUGCUGCAGCCAUUAUAUCAGUUCUUCAUGGAUCAUAAGCUGCAUAUGUUUUUACAUAGGAAUAUGCUGUUUCUGUUGUUAUCAGCCAUCCCAUGGAGGGUGGAAUGCUGCAUUUUUGUUGUUAUGGCUCUCUUUUCAUGGUCUAGCAGCUGUAAAACUAAUUAUGCAUAUCCUCAAAACUUUUCCGGCAUGCGCUUCCAUUGGUAGAUCUAUGCUCUAUAUUACAUUUUCCGCGUAUCAUCUCAUGUUGGUGGCUCCUUUUAACCCAUUUCAUGUUAUUUGGUUGUCAUCAAAUAUUUCAUGUAAAUUUUGCAAUGAGUAUAUAUUUCAUAACUCAAAUGCACCAAGGGCCAUAUGUAGUUGCUUGAUUUUUUUUUUUUGGCAUUAACUUAUCAUAAUACCAGUAUUAGAUAGGGAUAGCUAUAGAUGGCGAGUGGGAGACGGGUCUGCUUUUAAGGUCUGGGAUGACCCGUGGUUACCCGGGGAUCACAAUCCCAGAAUCAUUUCAGAGCGUGUUCAUGGCUUGGAAAAUAUUUCAGUGGCUGGGUUAUUAAAUGAUAAUCUAGAAGACUGGGAUGGAGACAUACUUGGAGAUCUCUUUCAACACAGGGACAUGUCAUUAAUCAAAAGUAUUCCGAUAAGCAAAAGAAGGGUACCCGAUAAGAAGAUCUGGUGUUGGGAGCAGGAUGGUCGGUUCUCUGUUCGUAGCUGUUACCAAAGGCUCGUUGGUGAGGUGGCUCAAGUCAAAUGGUUGGGCUAGAUGGUGAUGUGGAAUUAUCAUCUUCCUCCCAAAAUUAAAACUCUUUUGUGGCAAGUUUGUACUGGUUGUCUGCCAAGCUCGGAAAAUUUGAGGAGGAAGGUUGACUGUCCGGAGAAAUGUGGUCUUUGUGGUGGAGAAGAUGAAUCGCUGUGUCAGAGACCUCCAGAGUAUUCAGAACAAUUACAGAAAAUCUAUCAAGAAACAAAGUAAUCUUUAUUGAAGAAGAUGAACAGUAAUCAGUACAAAGGCCGAAGCCCCCAAAGCCGAAGCCCCAAAAGAUCGAGAUGUUCAGUCUCGUAUCCUUCCCAGUCCCAAGACCAAAUGUCUAAAAGCCUCCCAAUUACUCCCACUUUACAUCUAUUUAUACUAGAGACCCUUAUUACUAAUAUUAUUAUUAUUAUUAUUAUUAUUACUUCUAAUAUUAUUCUAAUAGGUAGGUCCCUAUCAAUACUCCCCCCCUAAACAUCCACCUUGCCCUCAAGGUGGGUGAUAGGAAACCGCUAUGAUCUUCCACUUCCUCUUCUUUCUUGCGCCUCUUCCUUCCCAAUACUUGAUUGGUUGAUGGCUUUGUAGCUUCAGUACUUGAACUUUCCAGCUCACAUAUGUUUCUGCAGACUUCAGAUUUUCCAUAUCCAUAGAUGUUUUCAUGCUUUCCUGAGCUAUAACACUUACAACAGUAGCUGAAUUGGUGUUCAUGUCCUGAACCUCCACUUUAAUUUGCUUAUCAGAAUUGUGAUUGACCUUCAUAAUGCUUUUCAGCAAUACAAUGCCAUCCAUUGCUGUACUUUGAGUACACCUAACAGCAUUCCACCAAACAGCUCCCAAAGGCAUAUUCCAUCUAGAUCUUUCUACCACUGCUUGUUCCUCAAAAGGAGAAUCCAUUUUUACCUGAUUUCUUGAAACAAAGAGUGGAAAAACCCAAACUAUCUUCAAAAUUGCACCAUCUUUGCAGGUAUGAAACAACACAGAAACAAAGCAACACUUUGUGGAUGAGAAUACAAAAUCAGUUUCUUCUUCACCAAGUACAUCAGCCAUAAUUCUUUGGUUCCAUCGUUGCCUGUCCGAUGAAGGCAGUCCACUUUGUCUAAAAGAAAUCCAAUCUUUGCUGUUGUUAUUCAGGUUGGAGAAAUCAUAGAGCCAAGAAUCCCAAUUGAUGUAGCAGCAUUCUUUGCGAGUUUUCCAAACAAAAGCUUCUAUGAAGAUAAAAGAGUAACCCUUCAUUUUCCUUGGUAUUCUUCUGACCAUAGCUGUAAGGAACAGGACAAUACUCCUAUAUUCUUUGCAAGGCUUUAGGUUCUGCUCCUCUAGAUUAUCACAACAUCCUAUGAUAAAAGAUAACUUUGCAGCAGUUAAAGCAGACACUCUCCGGUCAUCAUUUAGCUGCUGAAGGAAAUAGUUUGACCAAAAUGAGGUUAUAGAAACUCUUUCCUCAGUUCCAACCAUACUAGAUUCAUCAUCUAUGUCUGCUGAAUUCCUAGAAAGUUCAGUUUUGAGUUGAGCUUUGACACCCUGGACUCUUAUCCCCUUUUCACCCGUAAUAACUUGAUCCUGGCUGUCAGAAUCAACAACAUACUUCUCCAUAGACACAUAAUUCACCAAGUCUUUUUGAAUAUUUUUCAUAGAAAUAACCCCUUCCCAUCUAGGAAUAUCAAACAUGUUUUAUCCUUCCAAUGUAAUAUCUAAUGACUGACAAUACAUUCUUUCAGUCUUGAAGACAUUUGGCCAGUUCAUCUGCUGUACAAUAUGAGAAGAAAUAUCACCUUCCUGAAGAAGCUUGAACCUAUCGAUUUCAAGGUCUGACUGGUCCAGAUCGUUCUUGGGAAUUAUCUUACGUCUGGGGAAUCUGUUACAAUCCAGGAAUUCCCAUAGAAAUGGAGAAGAGAAUUCGAGAAUUGAACUCACACAAGAACUGAGAAUUUAGAGGAUAGAGAUGAAAGGGAUGCGGAAGUAUUGUUUAUUCGAGAAAAAUGCCUGUCUUUACAAUCUCCAUUCAAUGGCUAUAUAUGCUGUAGCUAAUUAACAACUUGUUCAACUAACUAAACAGAUGUAUAAUAUUGGCUAACUAACUCCUCAACCGAAUACAACUGUAUCAGAAUCCAACAACUGCUCCAUCUUCAGGUUGAAGAUUAACGGAUGGUUUAUCAUUGCGUUCCUCUUCUCCAUCGGUGUGCUGCUGAAUAGCCAACUCCUGCUGCGACUCUCGAAACUCAUAUAGAGAUUUCAAACUAGGGUUUUCUACUCAAAUUGAAGCCAGAGGACCGUAAGAAGUAUCUUGUGACUGCGACGGACCUUUGUUUUUCGAAUUCGUGCAGCGACGUACAGUCCUCGACCUUCCUCGCCGACGAUGUUGCCGCAGCUUGGGCUUCUUCUCCAGGAGAGGCACUGUUGGUAACAUCUGGUCUUGUUGCCUACCUUGGAGACGCAUUUGUGUAUACUGCUUCUAAGACCCAUAGAUACCUUCCCUUAUCAACUACGGUUGAAAUACAGUAUAUAUCAAGAAGUGAGACCAGCACCAUUAUUCAGGGAAUGACGAUUGGUCUGCUUCUUCUUCCCAUUUUUUCAAAUUCUAUUCUUCAAGUUUUGGAACACUUGACAUUCUUUCUAUAUCCUGGAGUAAGAGCAGAUAGUGGAACCCGGAGAUCUUUUGUGUUCUAUGUUGCAUCGGCAGUAUUUUUGGUUGGGGUUGUCCCAUCAUGGAUGGAUGUCGUUCAAAAUUUUCAGAUGCACCCCUUUUUAUGGGUGUUCAACUUUGUCUUCUCUGAACCGUCAAAGAGUCUCUCAUUAUGCAUAUAUUGGCUGGUUCUUAUAUGUGCAUCAGUUGUACGGUUUUACAAGAUUUCUAAACACAGUAAGCUUGAAAGAAUUCUUCUUCGGAAGUAUUACCAUCUGUUGGCAGUGUUGAUGUUUAUUCCAGCAUUAAUAUUUCAGCCAAGAUUUCUUGAUCUGGCAUUUGGUGUAGCUUUUGCUGUUUUUAUGUUGGUAGAAAUUAUUCGAGUUUGGAGAGUUUGGCCAUUGGGGCAGCUUGUGCACCAAUUUAUGAAUGCUUUUACUGAUCACCGUGACUCUGAUCUUCUUAUUGUGAGCCAUUUUUCACUGUUACUGGGAUGUGCGCUUCCAAUCUGGUUGUCUUUUGGCUUCAAUGAUCGACCACUCGCCCCUUUUGCAGGGAUCUUAAGUCUUGGAAUUGGGGAUACAAUGGCUUCAUUGGUUGGCCACAAGUAUGGAGUUCUACGUUGGAGUAAAACUGGCAAGAAAACCAUUGAAGGAACUGCUGCUGGCAUAACUUCUGUUUUAGCUGCAUGCUCAGUUCUACUUCCACUACUUGCGACUACGGGCUACCUCUUGUCUAAGAAUUUGUUCUCCCUCAUUUUGGCUGUCACGCUUAGUGGUCUAUUAGAGGCCUACACAGCUCAACUUGACAAUGCCUUCAUACCCUUAAUGUUCUACAGCCUCUUGUGUCUUUGAGUCCAUCUUGAGUUUUAAAGGCAUUCAGAUCCAUUCAACGCACCGAAGCCCUCUCGUUUGCAAAUACAUCUGACACCUAGAUACUAGGACCUGUAACUUUAUUUAUUUUAGAUGGCAUUUUUUUGCAGGAUUACGGUAUAGAAUUAGGGGACGUGAUUGUAAAUAGAUAUGCAAAUGCUAAUGCUAAUUUGUUUAAAGAGGUAUACGCAGGGUGAAUUUUUACAUUUACAUAAUCAUGAAACAUAUAUGUCUCUGGAGUAAA